AUGACAAGUCAGCCGCCGCAGCCAAUCGAAAGCGGGAACCAAAUCCCUUUGUUUUUGUUCACGUACAAUUGCAACAAGAGGCGUUUCAUUCCCGGGGUGUUUCAGUCGAAAUUGUUGGAAGUGUUGCCGGACCAAUUGUGUACGCUUUACGUGUUUGGUUUCCAAGAGUUUUGCACUAUACUCGAUAGUUCCUUUCCAGCCGAUGCCCAUUGCCAGCUAAUUGAAAUGAACCAGCUUCUUCAAGAAGCCCUUGAAGAAAAAUACCAGCUCCCCUCCAGCAUCCACACCGUUUCCAUGCACAUGAUGGGUUCAAUUGCCAUGAUCAUUGUCACUCCGUUUGCUUCUAAAGUCGGCACAGUCCGCAAUGCAUCGAGUAGCUGUGGCUAUAUGUAUCUGAGCUUGAAAGGAGGCGUGGGCACGAGACUAGCUUUUUAUCCCAAUGGCAGAUACGACAGUCUGGGUUCGGUUGAACUAUCGUUUGCCACGUUGCACCUCAAUGCCCAUGAAGGUGAAUACUACUAUCUUCAGCGCAAUCAGAACUUGCACAGGAUUAUCCGGUCCUUGGAUUUUGGAGAUGGGUACGGGUUGGUCAAGCCCAAGAACCACAUAUUUAUAUUGGGGGAUCUAAACUAUAGAACAACCAAGCAAUAUAACCCUAAAAGCCCCCAAAGCCAAGAGCUCCUUUCGCUUAUGGAUACGUCGUUGAAAGCAAACAAAAAGGGGUAUCGGCAAAAGGUUGAAAAGCUAGUCAAGGAGUACGACGAGUUUAGAGUGAGUAUGCGCAAUGGCGAAGUAUUGCAGAAUUUCGCCGAGCCCAAGAUUACAUUUCCUCCCACGUACAAGUACCAUGUCAACACGGCAAUAUUCAAUUCAAAACGAUCGCCUUCGUGGUGCGACCGCAUUGUCUAUUUAUCGACGUAUGAAGAGCUUGGCCAUGACAACUUGGGGUUGACACUACUCAAAUUCCCAGGUAAGAACUCUAAUCCCGAGUGGUACCAGCGGUAUUUACCUCACACGAUUAAGUACGACUCGAUUGAAACCUUGUUGCAGUCGGACCACAGACCAGUAUACCUCAACAUGACAAUUCCGUUCCAACCACCUGAACUGAUCUUGUCGAGUUUGUCCGGAUGUCUACAAAUUUUGCCCCAGGGAAUCACUGGUGAGGAAAGAUUUGACAAUGCUAGUCAGUUGGAGACGUUGGCAAUGAGCACCGACGUUGUUAGUGGGCCCACUACUAUAUAUUUGAAGCCAACUAGCCUCGAUUUCAUUCAGCAGCAGUUGCUUCGUCCUACAUCAGAUACAAUCAUUGGGUAUUCCUUGUGGCUUACACAUACACCAAAAGGACGGGUAUAUUUGUUUGCGAUUCUACUUAUUGUUUCGCUUGGCUACUUUUUCAUCUAA